AUGCUUGAUAAUUUAUGUGCUGCUUCUUCUAUGGACACAUUAAAGAAAUACCGUGACUUGUGGUGGAAUCAGGGUAAUCUUCACCCCUUGGCAGAGUGGGAAAAAGUGAAACUCCCAUAUGUGCUUGCAGAAAAUGUGACUAUUGAUAAAUAUGAAGAACGCGCAGACAGAUUUAACGUUCAUGCAUGUUGGGAGUGGGUUGCGAAACUUGAAAAAUAUGGAAUAAUGUUGGGUGAAGUAAUAGUUUAUGAGCUUCCAUUUCAACCUCAUGAGGUUUGCAUUUGUGAAAUCUCUCAUUUAAUGAUGGAACAAUGCCUUCCUGUAAAACGGACAGGUGCUGCAAUUAAUAGUUUGGGAGCAACUCGGACCCGUGCCAAGGGUUUUUGUAAAGAACCUGAUGGAUCAUUUAGACCCGACAAAUCUGCAGUAGAUUCACCAAAUGGGAGUGAUAGAUUGAACGCUCCAUGGCCCAAUAUUGUAUUAGAAGUCGCAUCAUCUGAAUCAAUCAGUCACGUCAAGGAUAAAGCAAGGAAAUACUGGUUAAAUGGUAAUCGCGUUCAUGAUGUUAUUAUCGUGAAGCUUUAUUAUGAUGGGGAAAACCAAGUUCCAAGCCGUCCCUAUGUGCAACAAAAACUCAAACCAAAAAAUAAAUUCGAAUUUGGUACACACAAUGCAAAAGGGGAUACAUUAAAUUAUCAAGAAAGAACAUGUUUGAUCAAAAUUCCUUUAGAUUGUUUGUAUUAUGAUGUGGAACCCUCAAUUCAG